AGACACAGAUCCCACUCUACUCCUCCUCUUUUGCACCCCAUCAUACUCAACACCACUCUACCCAUCCGUCUCGACAGAAAAGCUCUCUGUAAACUAUUCCGAUUUACCGUUUUCUGAGCAACAGCGGGCAUGCAACGCUGCGACCGUAACAUAGAUUCGAGGAGAACAUGGAAAAAAUACUUUCCCUUCUACAAAUGCACUUUAUAUUUAUUGAUCUUUAGUCUGGAACCAAAGUUCAGCAUUUCAGAUCCAGUGGAUGGUGACGUGUUUGUGUUCUUCCACGAGGGGGCUCAGGGUUGCCUGGGUGUGCAGGAUCACUCCCUGUCCCUGUCCGAAUCGUGUGAGGACGAUGCCCAGAAGUGGAAGUGGGUGACCCGGGGCCGACUCUUUAACCUGGGCUCCUCUCUCUGCCUGGGUCUGAACACGGGCAACAGCAGCUUCAGGGGGGACGCCUCGCCGCUGGGCGUCUAUCCCUGUGACAGAGAGCCUCCUCGAGUUCGCUGGACCUGGUCCUGUGCCCAGGUGUUGGAGAACCUCAACCUGUACAUGCCGUCCCCGUCGCACCCAGUUAAACCCUCCUCUAACUCCUCGGUGAAGGCCCCAGACACCAAGACCGUGCAAGAGGGGCUCAAAUGGAGACUGUUUGGGGAUGAUCAGGAUCUGUGUUCUAGAACCUACCGUGAGAUCUACACCAUCCAGGGUAACUCCCAUGGCCGACCGUGCUACCUGCCGUUCCUGUACGACGGCCAGUGGUUCCACAGCUGCACCAGUAUUGGCCGGGAGGAUGGUCACCUGUGGUGUGCCACCACCUACGACUACGGCAAGGAUGAACGCUGGGGCUUCUGUCCGGUUAACAAAAACAACUGCGAGACGUUUUGGGACACGGACCGCCUGACAGACAGCUGCUACCAGUUCAACUUCCAGGCCACCCUGUCGUGGAGCGAGGCGCGUAUCAGCUGCCAACAGCAGGGGGCAGACCUGCUCAGCAUCACCAAGCUGCAUGAGCAGACGUACAUCAAUGGUUUGCUGACAGGUUACAGUGCGUCAUUGUGGAUCGGUCUGAAUGACCUGGACAUCAACGGAGGCUGGCAGUGGGCUGAUUCCUCCCCCCUCAAAUACCUCAACUGGGAGAACGACCAGCCAAGUCAUACUGAAGAGGAGAACUGUGCGGUGAUCCGGACAGAGUCGUCUGGCCGCUGGCAGAACCGAGACUGCUCUGUAGCUUUUCCCUACGUCUGUAAGAAGAGACCCAACGCCACCCUGGACCCUUUCACCACCGACUCCUGGGCAGAUGACGACAAGUACGAGUGUGAUGUGGGCUGGCAGGCGUUCCAGGCCGGCUGCUACAGACUGACGUCGGAAAAGCUGGACUGGGACACCGCUCAGAAGACCUGUCAGAAGAUGGAGGCCAACCUGGUCAGCCUUCACACCUUGCCGGAACUGGAGUUCAUCGUGACCAACCUGAAGAGAGACGUUGAGGAGCUGUGGAUUGGUCUGCAUGACACGGCUAUGCAGAUGGACUUCCAGUGGACAGACCACACACCUGUGAUCUUCACAUACUGGCAUCCCUUCGAACCCAACAACUUCCAGAACAUUCCGGAGGACUGUGUCACCAUCUGGGGACCUGAAGGUCGCUGGAAUGAUAGCCCUUGUAAUAAGUCCCUGCCGUCUAUCUGUAAGAAAACAGCCCAGAAGACUGACGGACAGACAAUAGAGCAUGGCUGCAAACCAGGCUGGAAGUGGCACAGUCCGGCCUGCUAUUGGGUGGGAGAGGAGCAGGUGACCUUCGAGGAGGGCAGGAAGGCAUGCGCAGGCAGUGGAGCUACCCUCGUUACUAUCACCAAUAGAUUUGAGCAGGCGUUCGUCAACAGUCUGUUGUUUGGCCGUUCUGGAGAGUCCUUCUGGAUAGCCCUGCUCGACCAGAACAGCCCGGGCAAGUUCCACUGGAUCAGUGGGGACGAAGUGGCCUACACAAACUGGAACCGGGACCAGCCCGGCGGCACCAUCAAAGGAGGGUGUGUGACCAUGGCAACGGGCUCCGCUUUAGGCCUGUGGGAGGUGAAGGAUUGCGUCACGUCGCGGGCUAAGUUCAUCUGUAGACUGAACCAGGACACGUCCCUCAGCCCAGAGCCCCCAGCCCCACACCCCACCCCCAGCCUUACCGGAUCCUGUCCCAGCGGGUGGAAGACCAGCAGCCAGCUACACCACUGCUACAAGGUGUUCGACUCGAACCAGAUGGACCAGAAGCUGAGCUGGCUCCAGGCCCAUCUAGCCUGCCAGAGGCAGCAUGGAGCCAACCUGCUGAGUGUCAGCGGUCCGGAGGAGGAGCACUUCAUCCUGAAGAUACUGCAUGAGGCCUUCGGGGAGUCGGAGGACCAUGAUCAGCACUGGUUCUGGAUCGGGCUGAACCGCAGGAACCCCAACGACAACGGCAGCUGGAAGUGGAGCGAUGGACUUGCCUACACGUACCAGAACUUUGGCCGGUACUACUACAACAUCCGCCAGUGUGCAGCAGCGGACCUGGGUAGCAUGACAUGGCUGGCCAUGCACUGUGACACGGAACUGGACUGGAUCUGCAAGAUCCCCAAAGGAAAAGUCGAUAUGGAUUCAAACCCCACUGACGCCCCCUCGGCCAGUGAGUGGAUCGGCUUCCAGGAGGCAGAAUAUAAAUUCUUUGACCACCGGUCUACAUGGGACCAAGCCCAGAGGAUCUGUUCCUGGUUCGAUGCUUCUCUGGCAUCCAUACACUCCGCUGAGGAGGAGGCCUUCCUGGCCGACAGCCUUCACAAGAUGACCAGGUCAGUGGGGGAUCACUGGUGGGUUGGGCUUCACACGUAUGACAACGACGGGCGUUUCCGUUGGUCGGAUCACUCCGUGCUCAACUACAUCUCCUGGGCGCCCGGCAGGCCACACCCACUCAGCCGCGACCGCAAAUGUGUCCACAUUUCCGUCAGCAAGGUGGAAUGGGCCGAUCAGAAAUGCCACUCAGACCUGCCUUACAUCUGUAAGAGGGUGAACGUCACCGGCACCGCCCCGCCCACCCCCUCCUCCCCCCUGCCCCCCGCAGGCUGUCCCAGUGGCUGGGCGUCCUUCCUCCACAAGUGUUAUAAGGUGUUUGGUCUCGAGGAGGGCCGUAGGGCGACGUGGUCAGGGGCCAGAAUGAUGUGUGCGUCACAGGCUGGAGCUUUGACUGUGGUCUCCAAUCACCUGGAGCAAGCCUUCAUCACUACCCUGCUGGCCAACGUGACCACUGACCUGUGGGUGGGGCUGACGUCCGACUCUAAAGGUCAGUUCCAGUGGGCCCAGUCUGGGCUGCUCAGCUACACCAACUGGGCCUCCGGAGAACCCGUGGACAACAGUGGACCGCUCCACAACAAGAAUCCGGGGAACUGUGUGUUGAUGGUCCACGGGAACCCGGCCAAGAGCACCGGAAUGUGGGCGUCCCGGGCCUGCGAGGCCGAGAAACACGGCUACAUCUGCCAGAAGAAACAAGAUCCGACCCUGCCCCCCAGGCCUGCCCUUCUGCCCCCCACGCUGACCGGACCUGUGGACCUGGGCGGAGUGACCUACCGGGUGGUAAAGAAGCGUCUGGACUGGACAGGGGCUCUGCAUGUGUGUGAGUCUCUGAACGGGACGUUGGCCUCCGUGAGAGAUCCGUAUCAACAGGCCUACCUCACACUGCUGAUGAACAGCCUGCGUCUCCCAGCCUGGAUUGCCCUCUACAACUACGGGGGGCGGAGCUUCAGCUGGUUGGGAGAGGAGGAGCUGACCUACACGGCCUGGCGGGACGGGGAGCCCAACACGCUGUCUGGGUGUGGUCACAUGACCCCAACAGGACUGUGGACUAUGGCCCCAUGUGAAGCUAAACUGGAUGCUGCCAUCUGUCAGAUUAAUACAGAGGACGCUGUGGUCCACCAGUGGAGCUACCCAGGGCAUUGCCCUCAGUCACUGGGUGACUGGGCCUGGGUACCCUUCAGGAACCACUGCUACUCCUUUAACCUGCAGAACCUCCAGCUGCAGACUGAGGCCUUGGCCUCCUGCCGGAAGGUGGGUGGCCAGUUGCUGUCUGUCCUGGAUGAGACAGAGAAUGGUUUUGUCUGGGAGCACAUCCAGGGUUACCAGGAGCAAGCCCAUGGUGCCUGGCUGGCCAUCACAUUCAACCCCAAAGGGGGCAGUCUGAUGUGGUCUGAGAAUGCAGACGUGGAGUUCACCAACUGGGGUGUGCAGGACACCAACCUGAGCAUGCUGUCCCCCAACACCUGCUUCUGGAUCCAGAGCAACACGGGUCUGUGGAAACCAGGCUCCUGCAAGAACCGAACCCAUGGAGUCAUCUGCAAACGGCCACGCAGUGCUGAGACUUCGCCUGCAGUGUCUGAAGAAGACCACCUACCCACGCUGCUCCUGGUCAUGGUGACGGGCCUUGUUCUGGUGAUCGUCAUCGUGGGCGUGAUCUACCUGUACCGCCGGCGCCAGGUGGGCUCCAGAGGCUCCUACGAGGGCGCACGCUACAGCCGUACCCACUCCAGCCCCGGCGAGCAGGCCGAGAAGAACAUCCUGGUCUCCGACAUGGAGCUCAACGAGCAGCCGGAGUAGCAGGACCAGCCUGUACGGGGAGACGCCCUGGGAGGGACCUCGGACCGACCGACCCGCUGACCGACUCAUACAUGUAAUGCUUUGACCUUUUAUUGGAAGAUGCCGAGGGGCUGUGUUGUGUGGAGCGUAGCAGGUGACAAUCAAAAUAGCACGAUCUGAAACCCCGCCCCCUCCUGACCUGUCCUGCGUUCAGGGCUCUUUUCUCAGAGAGACACGCCCAUUCUGACACUAAGCCAAUCCAAUUCAUCCAGAUUUCCGCGCAGUCUCCCGGGCGACCAAAGUCUUCUGCCGCGACAGUAUUUACCUGAGGUUAACAUCAGGUUCCUUUUAGUGUGUUUCCUUUUUUACUUGUUUGUGUUUUUGUUUGUUUUUGUCGGAACCAGCGCAGCUGUAGAGAAUCCUCCUUAUUUUGGUGGUUGUGGUGAAGCUUUGGUUGUCGCCGUGCCCUGCCUCUCUUCUGCUCUGUCUGACACGUCAUCAGAGGCCAGUUGGAAACUAACCAAUGCUUCCACGUGGAAGAGGAGGGGGCGAAUACACCAGUGCAAACCAGACCACAAACUUGUCCCUGGCCUGAACACCGCAAGUACCCCUGCAGAAGGGGGACAGAGAGAGAGAAUGACAGAGAGAGAGAAAGAAUGAGAGAUAAAGAACGAGAGGGAGAAAGAACGAGAGGAAGAUUAACCAGAGGUUUGACAUUGAUUUAGACUGAUUGUUGUAUUACAUCUCUGUAUGUUACGUUCUAGAGGGUUCUAGAGGGUUUGUUUUAGCACUUUCUACCACCAUCUUGAGAAGAGCCAACAUGUAUUACUUUAAGCAAUGGACAUGGCGUUCACUUCUUUAUUCAUGUUUUAUUACCGCAGUACUCUGUUUUUUGUUAUAUUUCCUUUGGCUUAGAUGGCAACAUAGUGCAAAGUUUGGUCAGAUAACUGGUAUGGAUGGAUACAAUGGUACAAGUAGAACCUAACCUGCAACAAUAGAAAGCUUAGAUCCCCUUUAGGUCAUUCACUUUAAAUGGGACGCAUGUUCUGUUUUUAUUUUAGCUCAGGAUGUUGCUGUAAUUUGUGAUUUGUUUCACAUUAUAAACCGGGUGGUUAGAUUUCUGAAUGCUGAUUGGCUGGAAACUGUGGUAUAUGAGACCAUAUACCAUGGGUAUGACAUCAAAUCACUUUUUACUGUUUUAGUUGUGUUGGUAAAUGUUUUUUUAUAGCAAUAAGGUAUAUUGAGGGUUUGUAGUAUAUUGCUAAUUUACCACAGCUAAUCAUUGCGUCCAGGCACUUCGCCAUGUGUCUUGCUUAAGAACAGCUUUUAGCCAUUUUAUAUUGGCCAUAACAAAAUAAAUUGUUCCUCAAGGUACUAUAGAGCCUAACUUUCGGGAAAGCCUCUUUAACAAUGCAGCUUGGAAAACCAAAGAACUCAUUUGAAAAAGGAACUGCCACAUUCUUUAAACAUUUCGAAAGAUAAACCCCUUUCAUUUUAUUUCGCAUUGUCAACUUUUUUGCUUGUGUUGUUCCUCGGUGCAGUGGUUCUCAAACCUCUCCAGGUGGGCCCCCAGCUAAUUUUUUGAAGCCCUGAAAUAUCCCACCUGAAUCAAGCAGCCAAGGGCUUGAUAAUUAGCAGACCAGUCGAUUCAGGUGUGCCGGGUCUGGAUGACAUCUAAUGCAUGGAACUGUUGGGCGGUCCCCAGGAGAGGUUUGCGAGCCGUCGCCUUAGUCUGGGGAGGAUUGUACACGGUUAGGAAUGGAGCACAGCUGCAUUCAAGGCAGUGAAUCAGCAAACUGAAACCCCUACGCCUGGGUCCCAUUUGACCACGGAGGAAGAGACUGAUGUUUUCUUUCCCUGUCGUUACAUUCCUCCUCCCACAGUCACCCCUCUUGACCGGAUCUGUGUCCUGCUGCGUGGAUAACGUUGGAUCCUCUCUGAUAGAAACUCCUAGUGGGCGUUGAGCCAGGCUGAAAAUCCACCUCUUCUCUGCUUUAGAGCAGAGCAGAGAAGGGAGGGGAGGGGGGAGGGGGGGGGGGGGGUGUGUGGUGGCGUCUCCAGCUGUGGAAUGUUGAGUCGGCAAGAAAAGCUCGGUGGCACGCCUGGAACCAAUCAGAGAGCAGAAGGGCUCAGGACCAAAGGAGAGAGAGAUUUAGGGAACGGGUGGAAAAUGAGAAAAUUUGUUGGGUUGGGACUGGGGAGUUUCACUUUGAGGUAGAUCUGCCAUGAAGGCAGAAAUGAAUGUCAUUGGUUUACUCAAAGAAGAGGGCAGAGCUUAGGUUCCAAAUCUGAAAUCACUCGUUUCAUUGUUUCAUUUGUUUUUCGUGUCACUCUGUUUCAUUCUAAAACACUUAGGUUAAGGAUUAGAGAUAUGUAUGGGUUAAGGUUGCGGUCAGAUUUGAUCAACUAAAUGUUUGAAAAUGCAGUCACUGCCCUCUCCGUUGAGUCAACCAAUCACAGGUCUUCUGGGUGGUUCUGCUUGCUGAGUUAGUGUUACUCCCAAGGUGCAGAAAGAGAGGGGGGAGGUGGGGAAAGAGACAUAGGGACAAAGGGGGUGAGUGGGGCUGGAGGAGGGUUGUAGCAUUGUGCCUGCUUCAAAAUGACUUUGCAUAUGUUGUUGUGUUGAAUUUAAUCAGCCUACAGUGAGCCUGUGUUUGGCCCUGAUUUCCUGCCCUAUCUGGGACUGCCGAUUGGCUUUUCCCUGUGAAGAAAAGUUAAAAGCACCUGUUUUUUUUUUAAAGUAAAAUGUUGUUUUUAUAUUAAAUGAAUAAAAUAUAUGUUGGCUAAAUGA